AUCGUCACCAAUGGUGUCAAUGUCCUCAUCUUCUCCCGAGGAUGAGAACUGUGUUGUGGCUGUCAAGUUCUUGGGACCUCAAAUCAGCUUUUGCAGACCGGCUCAACGUAACUCUGAGUGGAUCAAUGUCAGAAUCGCAAACCCUUGUUUCUACUCCUCUCGUGUCAUGUUUUCGGAGAAACAUGACAUGUUUUGCAUCCCCGGAUCUGGAGGCCAUCUCAUUGCAUCAUGGGACCUCCACACAGACAAGCACAAAAAUCCCAAGUUUCAGAGGUUGAGGUUCCAAAACAUUCCAAAGCUGACAAAGACCAAACGAGAGAUUAUGGAUUCGUGCUACAAAAGCGAACACUUGGUGGAGUCAAGAACCACCGGUGAAACUUUCUUGGUUAAGUGGUACAGGAAGGCCGUCUGGAGAGGUAUGUCGAAAUUGAGCACAAAAGCUUUAAUGGUGUUCAGGCUGGACGACGAAGGAAAUGCUGUUUACACUAAAGACAUUGGAGAUCUAUGCAUUUUCCUCUCAAAAUCUGAACCUUUUUGUGUCUCUCUUAGCUCCUUACCAGGCAUGUUUUUCCCUAACAAUGUUGAAUACAUGGAUGCGGACGAAGCCGGAUAUUAUGAUCUGGCAGAUUCUUCUAUCGUUGGUGAUCUUACUCUAAUGGGGACCGGUGUCUAUAUUCCACCUCAAAAUAUAGACAACUAGUUUGGAACUGAGUUUGAGUCUAGAGUCUGUCUUUUCUUUUUAAAUCUUUAAACAUCAAAUCUAUUUGUUUUUUUUUUUUAUUCUCUGGAAGAUUGAUAAUUUGAUAUGCAUAUGCUCUUUAGGAAACUUUGCUAUCAUCUCUCACCAGUCUGUCUUUCCCAGCAAUCAUUCAUUAGUACUUUAUGGAAAUUAUACAUUCAGGGUCCCUCCAAAU